AUGCCGAACUUUACAGUGGACCAGAUGCGACAGAUCAUGGACAAGACGGAUAAUAUCCGCUCCAUGAGUGUCAUCGCACAUGUGGAUCACGGCAAAUCCACCCUGACAGAUUCCUUGAUCUGCAAGGCUGGCAUCAUCAGCGCCAAGGCGGCGGGAGAUGCGCGCUUCACCGACACCCGGGCGGAUGAACAGGAGCGUGGCGUGACCAUCAAAAGCACCGGCGUGUCGCUGUACUUCGAGCAUGAUGAGGAGGAUGGCAAGGGAGCUAUUCCUCACUUGAUCAACUUGAUUGACUCCCCAGGCCACGUGGAUUUCUCCUCUGAGGUCACCGCGGCCCUGCGCAUCACCGAUGGCGCCAUGGUGGUGGUGGACUGCAUCGAGGGCUGCGCCGUGCAAACCGAGACGGUGCUGCGCCAGGCGCUGCAGGAACGCGUGAGGCCCUGCCUCUUUGUGAACAAGGUGGAUCGCUGCAUCUUGGAGUUGCAGAUGGAAGCCGAGGACAUGUACUCCCGCUUCCGAAAUGCCAUUGAGAACGUGAACGUGAUCAUCGCCACCUACAACGACAGCUUGAUGGGCGACGUCCAGGUGCAGCCAGAGAAGGGCACUGUGGCCUUUGGCAGCGGCCUGCAUGGCUGGGGCUUCACCACGGAGCGAUUUGCCAAGAUCUACGCACAGAAGAUGGGUGUUGAGAAGGAGAAGAUGAUGCAGCGAAUGUGGGGCGAUUCCUUCUUCAAUGCCAAGAAGAAGGUGUGGACCAACGUGCAGCAGCCAGAGGGCUGCACCGAGCCUUUGCAGAGGGCCUUCUGCCAGUUCAUCAUGGGACCCAUUAACCAGCUGAUGCGUGCCAUCAUGAACGAUGACAAGGAGAAGUAUGAGAAGAUGAUGGGAACGCUGGGAAUCGUCCUGAAGGGUGACGAGAAGGCGCUCACUGGCAAGCCGCUGAUGAAGCGCACGAUGCAGAUUUGGAUCAACGCCGCGGACACGCUGCUGGCAAUGAUCGUGACCAAGCUGCCCUCCCCGAGGACGGCCCAGAAGUACCGCGUGGAGAACUUGUACGAGGGCCCCAUGGAUGAUGCCGCAGCGCAGGGCAUCCGUUCUUGCGACCCUGCAGGUCCCUUGAUGAUGUACGUCUCCAAGAUGGUUCCCACCUCCGACAAGGGCCGCUUCUAUGCCUUCGGCCGUGUCUUCUCCGGUACCAUUGCCACAGGACAGAAGGUCCGCAUCCAGGGCCCUUACUACAAGCCUGGAAGCAAGGAGGACCUGCACGUGAAGAACAUCCAGCGCACCGUGCUGAUGAUGGGCCGCACCACCGAGCAGAUCCAGGACGUGCCAUGUGGCAACACCGUGGCGCUCGUGGGCGUCGAUCAGUACAUCCUGAAGUCAGGAACCAUCACCACCCUGGAGGAUGCCCACAACAUCGCUGACAUGAAGUACAGCGUGUCGCCUGUUGUGAAGGUGGCCGUAAAAGCAAAGGAUGGUAAGGACCUUCCAAAGCUGGUGGAGGGUUUGAAGAAGCUGUCCAAGUCGGACCCCCUGGUGGUUUGCACCACCGAGGAGAGCGGCGAACACGUCAUCGCCGGCUGUGGCGAGCUGCACGUGGAGAUCUGCCUCAAAGAUCUGAAGGACGAGUACGCCCAGUGCGACUUCAUCGUCAGCGACCCCGUGGUGUCCUACCGCGAGACCGUCGCCGAGGAGUCCAACCAGACGUGCUUGGCCAAGUCGCCCAACAAGCACAACCGCAUCUACCUGAAGGCUGAGCCCAUGGACGAAGAGCUCAGCAAGGCCAUUGAGGAUGGCGUUGUGGGACCCAAGGCCGAUCCCAAGGAGCGCGCCAAGAUUUUGUGUGAGAAGUUCGACUGGGACAAGCAGGUGGCGCAGACAAAGAUCUGGUGCUAUGGUCCCGAGACCGACGGUGCCAACCUGGUGGUGGAUGCAACGGUGGGUGUGCAGUACCUCAUCGAGAUCAAGGAGCACGUGAACAGUGCCUUCCAGUGGGCCACCAAGGAAGGACCUUUGUGCGAAGAGAACAUGCGAGGCAUCCGCUUCAACCUGAUGGACGUGACCCUGCACACCGAUGCCAUUCACCGUGGCGCCGGACAGAUCAUGCCUCCCACCCGCCGAUGCUGUUUCGCAGCUGAGCUGACGGCUAAGCCAACCCUGCAGGAGCCUGUCUUCUUGGUGGAGAUCACCUGCCCACAGGAGGCCAUGAGCGGUGUCUACAACUGCAUGAAUUUGCGCCGCGGCUGCGUCUUCGAAGAAAACCAGCGUGAGGGAACACCUCUGGUGCAGGUGAAGGCUCACCUGCCGGUGUCCGAGUCCUUUGGUUUCGUGGCGGCGCUGCGGCAAGCCACCAGCGGCCAGGCCUUCCCGCAGUGCGUCUUCGAUCAUUGGGAGAAUCUGCCAGGAAAUCCUAUGGAGAAGGGCAGCAAGAUGGAGGAGUUGAUCUUGGGCAUCCGCAAACGCAAGAACUUGAAGGUGGAGAUGCCGGCACUCGGUGACUACCUGGACAAGCUGUAAGCCUUUCCGGGAGCGAAGGACGUCCUGGACAGUGACAGUGAUGCGCUCGCGAUUGGUCUGCGCCGAACGUGCGCAGUAGGUUUGGACUCGCCAUUUUUGGGCUGAGUGUUCUUGUGCAGAGGGCUUUGAGUGUCAAACUAAGACCCCG